AACGGCGAUGGCUGCUCGCCGCCUCAUUAAAGGUCUCACAUCUCCGUGGUCUCUUGGAUUUUCUGGAUUUGGAGUUGCUUAUGGAUUAUAUCACAUAUGGGAUGCUACCCAGUCUGGUGCUAAAUAUGAGCUCAGUGAAGACUUAGCUGGUAAAACGUACAUUGUUACAGGUGCUACUUCGGGAAUUGGGCAGGCUACAGUUGAAGAGCUAGCUAAGAGAAAUGCAAGGGUUAUCAUGGCCUGCAGAAAUCGUGAGAAAUGCGUUCAAGUACGACGAGAUAUUGUGUUAAGUACGCGAAAUAAACAAGUAUACUGCAGACAAUGUGAUCUUGAAGACUUCGACAGCGUGCGAACUUUCGUUCAAAAGGCAAGCAAAGGUAAAUAUGAAUUGGAUAGAAUAGAUGGUGUUGUACAUAAUGCGGCUAUGAUGGAUGCAGAGAGAAAGGUAAAUAAGGAUGGCAUCGAACGCACAUUUGCGACUAAUCACCUUGGUUCUUUCUUACUUACUGGUCUACUUUUGGAAAAGCUACUUGCUCAAGAUCACCGUGUUAGAAUAGUAUUUCUCAACACAAACAUAAUAAAUAGAAAUAUGUUCUUGUACAUAACCUUAACUCAUCGUAGAUGCGACUUGGAUUUUAACGACCUAAACGCAGAGCUCAAAUACGAUGGCUUUGAAGUUUAUAAGCAAAGUAAACUUGCCGCUGCCAUGUUUGCUAAGGAACUAGCGGAAAGAUUGAAAGAUACUAACGUAACAGUCACAAUCGCGGAUCCUGGAAGAACAAAGUCAAAUCUAUCAGCGCAAAUGGAUGGCCAAACUUUUUUCCUUAGUCGUUGGUUGCUUAGAAUUGUCAGUUUUGGAAUGGGAGAACGUAGAGUGGAAAAG